GUGCAUUGCAUGUGCAUUACACCAUGUCUUUGCAUUCAUAUUUGUGAAUUUAUUGGCCUUCUGAACUUAACUACUGCAUUUACUAUUUGAAAUGAUAAUAUUAGGUUGACGCAAGGAGUCCAAAGGUCGGCCAUGAACUACACCAAAAUAAAUAACACUUUAACUGGCUAUUUUUUAACAGCCCAUUUCUCAGUGAAAUCUGGCCCUGGAUAAAUCAAGGUCUUCUCCGCUACGCUUUUUACUAGUCAAACAUGGCUCAGCAGGAAUACAAAAUGCUUAGUGACUAAAUGUUCACAUACAAAGGAACAGUCUUAACUUUGUCAGACAAUCAUGAUCUUACUCCAGAAUAUAUUGACAGUUUGGUGGAUUUUGAAACGAAGGACGAUGAUGUCUUUGUUGUUACCUUCCCCAAAUCCGGUACGGUAUGGACCCAACGGAUCAUGACGUUAAUAUAUGCUGAAGAUUUCCCGGACAAAGCCGACCAAAUCACAUAUGACCAGAUGCCCUGGCUAGAGUAUCGGAUAACGGGAAGAGAUUACAACACACGUCCAUCUCCAAGACUCUUCUGUUCUCAUUUACUCCAGCCGCUGAUGCCCAAAAUGCUGCAAAGAAAAGGAAAAGUCAUCUAUGUCAUGAGAAACCCUAAAGAUGUCAUGGUGUCAUAUUUCCAUUUUUCCAACAACAUGAAUCACCUGGAUUCAUCUGAGAGCUUCGAUGAGAUGCUGGAAAAAUUCUUCACAGGAUGCAUGAUUGGUGGCUGUUGGUUUGACCAAGUUAAAGGAUGGAUCACAAAUAAAGACAAAUACAACAUCCUGAUCCUUACUUAUGAAGAAAUGAUCAAGGACCUCAGAUCCGUUGUUGUGAAAAUCUGUGAGUUUGUGGGAAAGAAUCUGUCAGACGCAGCGAUCGAUAAAGUGGUGGAAACAGCCACGUUCAAGCACAUGAAGAAAGACCCCUUGGCCAACUAUGAAUUCCUUUCUCUGACUGUCACAGACCGUCCAAAAAGACUUUUUUUGCGCAAAGGAACAGUUGGGGACUGGAAGAACUCUUUAACCGUGGCUCAGAGUGAAUGUUUUGACAGCGUCUAACAGGAAAGAAUGAAGGACGUACCUCUUAACGUGGUCUGGGACAUCUCAGAAUUGCAGGGAUGAAAACUCAAGCCGCGACAUCCAUUUUAUAAACUAAUAAAGAUAAAACACUAUCACAAUAAUAAAAGGACGGCAUGAUAUAUAAAUGGAUGCAUUGGCUACACUACCAUAUCAAAACUGAUAACAGAUAACUUGACGGAGGUUAAA